CCUCCACGACGCGGACGCUGUCUCCUCCAGGCUCCCCGCCAUGCUGCCCGCGGCCCUGCUGGCGUGCUGCAUGUUGCUGACGGCGCGCCCGGCGCGCGCCGCCGUCUCCUACAACUACGACCUGACGAACGCCACGCUGGCCCUGGUGAUCGACGAGCACUUCCACUCGGCCGACAAGGACAAGACGAGCGUGGAGGACUCGCUGCGCGCCUACCUGGGCACCGCCACGCUGCAGUUCCUCAAGCACGGCGGCCUCAACGUCGAGUUCCACAGCAUGGCCGACGCCAACCUCCGGCCAGACUUGACGGCCGUCAUGACGAUCGGCAACUGCAUCGACACCUGGCGGCUGUACCGCCAGAUGGAGGACGAGGGCCUGCUGCACUUCGCGCUCACGGACGCGGACUGCCCGCGGCUGCCCCGCCACGUGGGGGUGACGGUGCCGCUGACGGAGCGGGGCGGCGACCUGCCGCAGAUGAUCCUGGACAUGAAGGUGGAGCACGUCCUCGCGUGGAAGAGCGCCAACAUCCUGCACGACCACACGCUGGACUCCAAGCUGCUGGACCGCGUGCUGGCCGCCCUGACGGCCGACACCUCGGGGGCGCUGCCCUCCACCGUGGCGGCCUUCCACAUCCCCACGGAGCAGGCCGACUGGAAGAGGCGGAAGCGGGUGGAGAACGUCCUCAGGUCGCUGCCGCUGUCGUGGCUCGGCCAGCGGUUCAUCGUGGUGGUCGCCUCCGACAUGGUGGGCGUCGUCAUGGACGUGGCCAAGUCCCUCGACAUGGUGCACCCGCAGUCCCAGUGGCUGUACGUGCUGACGGACACGUCAUCCGCCAGGGACAGCCUGGCCACGUACACCAGCCUGCUGUCCGAGGGCGACAACGUGGCCUUCGCGUCCAACUACACGUCGCGGCAGGCGUUCUGCCAGACGGGCAUGCUGUGCCACGCCUACGAGAUGCUGCACGCCUUCCUGGUGGCGCUGGACCGCUCGGUGCAGGACGAGCAGGACAUGGCGACGCAGGUGUCGGACGAGGAGUGGGAGGCGAUCCGGCCGUCCAAGGAGGACCGCGUCGUGAUGCUUCUGUCCCACAUCAAGGACUCGCGCGACGACUUCCUGGACGACAGCCCGUCCGUGGUGCGCAGGCCCGCCAGGCCCUUCGUGCGCGGGCGGCUGGUGUCCGUGGGCUGGUGGCGGCCCAGGGAGGGGCUCACCCUGCAGGACGCCCUGUUCCCCCACGCCGCCUACGGCUUCAAGGGCAGGAACCUGCCGCUGCUGUCCUUCCACAAUCCGCCCUGGCAGAUCAUCGUGUCGAACAGCACGGGGCACGUCACUGCCUACAAGGGCCUCGUGUUCGAGAUCGUCAACGAGCUGGCCAAGAACUUGAACUUCACGUACACCGUCAUGUUCCCGCACCCCACUGACUACGGCUUCACCAACGACUCCGAGAUCUACACGUCAAGGACGCAGGACGGCGACCUGAACAACGCCUUCUCGCUGAACGUGUCGUGGGACAGGAUGCUGCAGAUGGUUCGCGACAACAAGGUGUUCCUGGGCGCGGGGGCCUUCACCGUCACGGCGGAGCGCAAGCAGCUGGUCAACUUCACCCGCGCCAUCAGCGACCAGCCCUACCAGUUCAUGGUGGUGAGACCCAGGGAGCUGUCCCGCGCGCUGCUCUUCAUGUCGCCCUUCACGGCCAUGACGUGGCUGUCCAUCGCCGUGUCCGUGGCCGCCAUCGGCCCGGUGCUCCACUGGAUCCACCGGCUCAGCCCUUACUACGAGUACCACGGCCAGCGCGGCGGCAAGGGCGGCCUCAACUCCUUGACCAACUGCCUGUGGUACGCGUACGGCGCGCUGCUGCAGCAGGGCGGCGCGUACCUCCCCGACGCGGACAGCGGCCGCCUGGUGGUGGGCACCUGGUGGCUGGUGGUGCUGGUGCUGGUGACCACGUACUGCGGCAACCUGGUGGCCGCCCUCACCUUCCCGCGGCUCGAGACGUCCAUCACGUCCGUGGAGGAGCUGGUGGACGCCAGCAACGGCCUCACCUGGGGCUUCCGCAAGGAGUCGCCGCUCUUCGAGCACAUGAAGACCGCACCCAUCGCCCGGCUGACGCCCGUUCUGGACGGCGCCGAGCUCCACGAGGAGGAGAACGAGGUGCUGUCGCGCGUGCGCGCCGGCACGCACGUGUACAUCGACUGGAGGGUCAACCUGCUGCAGCUCAUGAAGAGGGACUUCCACAGCAACGGCCGCUGCGACUUCUCUAUCGUGAGCGUCCACGACUUCCUGGAGGAAGAGUUGGCCAUGAUCAUGGCCCAAGAAAGCCCCUACCUCAACGUCGUGAACGACGAGAUUCGGCGCAUGCAGCAGGUGGGGCUGGUGGAGAAGUGGCUGAAAGACUACCUCCCGAAGAAGGACCGUUGCUGGAGCACUUCCAGCCUGGAGGCCAACAACCACUCCGUCAACCUGGGGGACAUGCAGGGCUGCUUUUUCGUCCUGUUCUUGGGUUUCAUUGUGGCGGCCAUGCUGAUUCUAAUAGAGUGCUGCUGCCGGAGAUGGCACACCGCCAAGGACAAGAAGGUCAUCAAACCGUUCGUUCCGUGAUUCUUUUUUCCAGUGUGGAAAAACACACUCCAUGCAAAACAUGGUUCGGACGUCAUGCGCUUUGGAAAACAAUAACAGGUUGUUGUUGUGCAGCGUCCGCGAUGUAUUGUGUGUGUGAGUGCAUGUGUGUGUAUGUGUGAGUUUGUAAGUUAUGUAAGUGUGAAUGCUUUCUUAAAAUUUGAAUAAAAUUGUGUCGAAAUGAUUGCCGAUCUUAUUGAAAUUAUGUGGCGAUACAAAAAGACAGUUUACCCAGAUAAUAACCUUACUUUAUUUCAAUGAAAUGGCAAGGUGCCGCUACCCAAAAGCAAAAUGAAAGCAAAACAGAAAAGCAAUGUCAAUUGGGCCCCCGCAACGGGGACCCAGCGUGACUAGUGGUCACAUUCACGCACACAAAACUAGCCAACCACGACAACUGGAACGAAAAAUAUGGACUUU